CGUACAUUGUUUUUGUCCACAUCUGUGUAAAUAGCAAUUCGUCCUUGCAGAGACUGACGCACAGGCGACUACCACAAUGGAUUUGCUUGCAGUCAGCAAACUUCUGGGCAUUGUGACCAUCGUCAUGUGCUCUGUUAUGAAAUUGCCACAACUUUGGCUGAUAUUCAGGAGCAAGAAAGCACGGGGUAUCAGUCUGUCCAGUUUGUCAUUGGAAUUAUUCUGUUACACAGUCGGUUCCCUGUAUGGCUUUCGCAGUGGCUAUCCGUUGACAACGUAUGGAGAGUCUGUGCUGCUUCUUGUACAAAAUGCUGGUCUUCACGCACUUGUGAUAUACUAUGAAGGAAUGAUGUCUCAACUGAUUGCUUUCGUAGCUCUUUCAUAUGUUGUAUGUGUCACUGUCACCGUGUCUGGAAUUCUACCGCUAACCGCUCUCCAGCUGAUUUUCUCGUUCCUGUUGCCCAUUGUGAUAAUGAGUAAGGUCCAGCAGAUCCGGUCGCUAAUGUCGGCUGGAACUGCUGGUCAAGUCAGCCUGUCGACUUGGUGCAUUGCGCUCACCGGUUGUAUUUUCCGCAUCUUCACUACACUCGUGGAAACCCAGGAUAAGAUGGUGCUGGCAAACUUCUGUGUGGGAACGGUUCUGAACGGUGUUGUCGUCGCUAUGAUCAUUCUCUACCAAUACAGAGAUGCACAAUGGGAGAGAACACGGCACGUCAAGAAAUCUGAGUAGGGCUUUCAAAAAGAAAUCUAAUGUUACCUCCCCCCUAUCCUGGACUCGUCUCAGCCAUGUCUAGAUUACUACUUUUGCUGUAUAUUAUUAACAUUUCAUAGUUGAUUACAUGAUCGGUGAGCCAGUGUUGCUCACAAGCCAAUUUUAGUUGAUUACAAUCGAUUGUACUAUUAUGAAAGACAACGGGUCCAAGUGGAGUAUGCUGUAGAUCUUUUUAUUAGUUUCAAUUACAAGCUACAGUUGAUUUUAUAAUUAUAACUUAUUUUCAGUUAUCCACCGACCCUUAUCAUGGCCAUGCAUUUUUAGCAUUACCCUGGAUAGCAAGAGCGCGGCCAUCUUCCGCCGUCUGCGAGAGGACCCUUUGCCACCUAACACUGUGCACCAUGAGCCUCUAUAAAAAAUGGCGGGUUUACUCUGCCAUCUGCCAUAGUUCAGUACACGUACAUGUUGCCAAGUACAUCAUAGGGUAUUGUGUUUUAUUGUUGACCUUGCGCCAGCAAAGCUGCCUGCAUCUAACUUUAUUUUCAUUUAUUUUCUUCUGGGGCUGGCCCCUAUGCCCAGUUGAUUCUGUGUUCCUUUGCCAUGCUAGACUAAGACUAAGAGUAUACAGUACUCGA